AUGGCCCAGCGUCUGGCCAAGCUGGAAGCGUUGUUGGACAGCUCGAAGAAGGCCUCGGUCGAGGUCCCGGUGAUGUCUGCUGUGCCGGCACCUACGACCACGCCAGGCCUGUCGCAGAGUGAAAACGCCGCAUCGCCUCCUCUGCCGCCCAUUCAUCAGCCUACCAUAUCGACGUACGACCAUGCUCCGAGGGGCAUCGAGACAGACGAGGUGGUGGUCAUGGACGAGAAUGCUUCCAAGCAAGCGGCCACCAGCCCUUGCGCGGUUGAGAUUGCUGGUAGUAAGCCUGAGAGUCAAAACCUGGUCAAAAUCGAACGAUGA